GUGGCCGGCUGCCCCGCUCCCCGCCUGCCCGGCCGGCGCUGCGCGUCACCCUCGGUUGUGGUCAGCCGCCCCGACCGAGCCCUUCUGCGCAGAGGACUUUUAAUCGCUAAGGAGCUUUCUGAGACGCUUCGUUUUGCAAGGCCCGGUGGCUUCUCUGACGCACGUCCCGACUCCGAGCCUCUGAGCACAGCUCUUGGGCGCUGGCGGGGCGCUGGCGGGGCGCUGGCAGAGCCCCGGCGCGCAGACGGCCGCCUGGCGUCCCCAGAGCCGAGAGGGCUGACGGGCGAGGGGCGCUUUCUCUACUCCGCUCUCUUGUCGCUCUCCUGGGGUCCUUUCUGGGGAGCUUUGAACUUCCGGGAUUGGCCCGCCUGCGUUGGCAAUUCCUUGGCUGCGUCUGUGGCCGUGGUGGGUGGCCAAGGGGUGUCGCUGUGGCCGGUGCCUGGGCUCGGCCCUUUAAACUUUUUGUUUUUGAAACUUCGGGGGUGUGGUCGAGGGCCUCCUCUCUCUGAGGCUGGUUGUCCCCCACCCACUCGGUCCUUCCCUCCGCCCCGCCUUCCAGAUGCUUUGGAGUCAUGAGCCGGGAGGGCGCAGGGUCCCCUCUGGUGGUGGAGGUGAUCAAAGAUCGCCUUUGUUUUGCCAUUCUCUACAGCAGACCAAAGAGUGCAUCAAAUAUACAUUAUUUCAGCAUAGAUAAUGAACUUGAAUAUGAGAACUUCUACGCAGAUUUUGGACCACUCAAUCUGGCAAUGGUUUACAGAUAUUGUUGCAAGAUAAAUAAGAAAUUAAAGUCCAUUACAAUGUUAAGGAAGAAAAUUAUUCAUUUUACUGGCUCUGAUCAGAGAAAACAAGCAAAUGCUGCUUUCCUUGUUGGAUGUUAUAUGGUUAUAUAUUUGGGGAGAACUCCAGAAGAAGCAUAUAGAAUAUUAAUCUUUGGAGAUACAGCCUAUAUUCCUUUCAGAGAUGCUGCCUAUGGAAGUUGCAAUUUCUACGUUACACUUCUUGACUGUUUUCAUGCAGUAAAGAAGGCAAUGCAGUAUGGCUUCCUUAAUUUCAACUCAUUUAACCUUGAUGAAUAUGAACACUAUGAAAAAGCAGAAAAUGGAGAUUUAAAUUGGAUAAUACCAGACCGAUUUAUCGCCUUCUGUGGACCUCAUACAAGAUCCAGACUUGAAAGUGGUUACCACCAACAUUCUCCUGAGACUUAUAUUCCGUAUUUUAAGAAUCACAAUGUUACUACCGUUAUUCGUCUGAAUAAAAGGAUGUAUGAUGCUAAACGCUUUGCGGAUGCUGGUUUCGAUCACCAUGAUCUUUUCUUUGCGGAUGGCAGUACCCCUACUGAUGCCAUUGUCAAAGAAUUUCUGGAUAUUUGUGAAAAUGCUGAGGGUGCCAUUGCAGUACAUUGUAAAGCCGGCCUUGGUCGCACAGGCACUCUGAUAGCCUGCUACAUCAUGAAGCAUUACAAGAUGACAGCAGCCGAGACCAUUGCGUGGAUCAGGAUCUGUAGACCUGGCUCAGUGAUUGGGCCUCAGCAACAAUUUUUGGUGAUGAAACAAGCAAGCCUCUGGCUGGAAGGUGACUAUUUUCGUCAAAAGUUAAGGGGGCAGGAGAAUGGACAACACGGAGCAGCCUUUUCCCGACUCCUCUCUGGUGUUGAUGACAUUUCAAUAAAUGGGGUCAGGAACCAAGACAAGCCAGAACCUGAACCGUACAGUGAUGACGAUGAAAUCAAUGGAGUGACACAAGGUGAUAGACUUCGGGCCCUGAAAAGCAGAAGACAAUCAAAAACAAACGCUAUUCCCCUCACAGUAAUUCUUCAGUCCAGUGUUCAGAGCUGUAAAACAUCUGAACCUAACAUUUCUGGCAGUGCAGGCAUUUCUAAAAGAACCACCAGAUCUGCUUCAAGGAAAGGCAGUUUUAAAAGUCCCUCCAUUUCAAGGACUAAAACAGUCUUGCGUUAAAAAAAACCCGUGACCAGAGCUGAAGGAAGACUCUAGGAACAGAAAACUGCGACAGGACUUAGCACAAUUUGAGAACAAAACAAAAUUGCAAAAGCCUUAGUUGCUUUCCACCUAAGAAGUUGAUUCAAUGAAGAAAAUGUCCACUGGAGUUGAAAUAACUAAUUGAGUUUGGGUACAAGUGAAUGACUCGAAGAAGGACCCAACUCUCCUUUUGUAGAACCGUCUCAAGCUUAACAACAAAAAUGCUGUUGUAAAUUUAGUCUCAGGUGUAAAUACCCAAGCCCUCCGUGACCCGGGGAGCUGGCUAGCCCACGCGGCGUGUGUGUCCCUGUGAUGGCAAUCAUUUUAGCUGCUGGCCUCCAGAACAAUUGAUUGAGGAUCUCAUGGAGGUUUUUUAUGUAUUUAUUUUCUGUUCGCCCUGUGACCCUAUGUCAAAAUUUAUAUAGAUAAAAGAGGCAUUACUGAAAUGGUACUUUCUAUAAUUUGAUACUAUUUGGCUUAAUCAUCUUCACUUUACUAUUUGUAAUACUGUUGUAGUGUUAACUCUGGUAAGUACCCAAGCUGCUUGUCUUCCACCAAAGAGUGCUUUACUGACAGGAAUCUGUGAAAUCCACAUUUAAACACUGUUGCAUGUUGUAAUACUGAAGUGGUACUUUGGUAACCGAAAACUUGCAAGAGAAUAUUCAUGGUAGCUUUAGAAGACUCAGGAGGAGAAACUGGCCUCAGAGUUGGAAGACUGUGGCAAGUCAUUCCUUUUUAUGUCACUUAGAGACUGAAGAAUUGCAACGCUGCCCGUUGUUUGGUUGCCCAGUCACGCAAAUUAAAAUCAUAUUUCCUUCCGUGCAUGGAAAAAAUACACUGUUGGUUUUCCCCUUGGAAACGGCAAUCCCAAAUAAUGGUGGCUUUAAAAAUAAUGCUGUUGCUCCUUUAGAGUCUUUCUCUGUAAGUUGGAUUUUUUCCUUAUGUGAUUAGCCUAAGGCCAUUUGCACAUCCUUUGAUUUCAGCGACAGUUAUUUGCUUCUGGAUUUCAGUUGUUUGUGGUAAGAAAACUCACUGUUGCCUUUGGUUAGGGAAUACAACCAGUAACUCUUUGCAGAGUGCCUUCUCCCCGCGCCCCUAUGAAACACAGCGGAGUCUGUGAUAUAAAGCAAUCACAAAGAAUUCAUUUGCUGCUAAAAACAACAAAAAUGGGACCCCAAAUAAAAGAAUAUUUUGCACUCACCUUGGUUCCUCCCAUUGUAAGAAGUGGAUGGUUUAGUUAUUGUUAAGCAGAUUUUGCCUGUGCUGGUUUGGAGAAUGGAGGGAUGCCAUAUUUGGCACUGGGGACAAAUGCCCUCCCAAGUCAAGAGGAAUGUAUCAGGUCAGCAGGCAGCUCCGUUUGAAGGAGCUGCCUUUUCCACAGAAUUAUUAGGGAUAAAAUGUGGCUGGAAUAAGCAGGUUAAAGUCUUUAAUGCACAAAGUAACUGAAAGCAGUGACUCCAUUUGGUGUUUACUGUCUUGGAGUAAAGUGUAAAACUGACAUCCAUGGGAGACGAAGAUGCCCUUGUCUCAGCCACACAGCUCCUUCCCCCCCAGGCACUCUGGGAGUGCGAGCAUGCCGGCUUUGAAACGCUGGCGACCAGAUCACAGAAAAAGAGUGGUUUUCUAUCCCUGGAAGUGAAUGGGCACAAAAACCCACUUCCCUAUGGGAAGACCACUCUUCAAGAAGAUUCGGGUAGAGGAGAAGCGUUCCAUUUGCUGUCUUGUGCUGAGACAAUACGAAGUAUUCAAACUGUGCCAGUGCACGAAGCAUCGAAUUCUCAGGGCAUCUCUCCUUCCGCUUACACUUCUUAAGGCUCCCUCCUCCAUAAAUAAUCCAGGUAGUUGCAAAAGUCAAACUUCCGUCUGAACCAUUGUUGGUUUGGCUUUUUAUUGUGUCAGAACAAGUAAAUGUGCUGCCUGCCGUGGCUCUCGGUGGGCACUGCUCCCUCACAGUGAAUAAGCCACUUGGUAUUUUGGCCUAGAGUAAAAAGGGUGUCAGUGCGAACCACUGCUUUUUUGUUUUGUAGAUUGCCUCUUCACAUUGGCUGCUCAAGUUUCCAGCUAGAAUUGUUAUCACUGUGGCUCUUUGUAAAAAAUCCCUGUAUUUAACUGGCUCAUUGAAAUUAGUCAUAGGAAACUUCUGUUUGGUAAAGAAGCAUUCCUUGGAAUCCCAGAUGCCUUGGGAUAGUGCUUCACGUGGAGCACAUAGCAACAAUAUUGAAGGCGUAGGGAAUCCAGAAAGCCUCUGGGUCUAACUGAUGGAAAGUUCUUUCUGCUAUGAAUGCUAGUGGACUCACCGCACCCCUCCAGCCACCACGACCAACUGAAACCACAAAACACCCAGAAUCUCCUGGGGUUCUAACUUAGAGUCCUUGUUAUAGAAGACCUUGUUGCUAUGGAAUAUGAAACAGUACAUGUCAGAUGGAAGAAAUUCCUUUAAGAGCCUUAAAUAACUCAGAAAAUAUACCAAGAGAGUUUCCAAUAGGAUUAAAAUUAGAAAUGAAUAUUUUUAGGUGCCCUUGAAGCUUUCUGGGGACUCACAUCAUAAGAGGCAGGGACAGUCCAAAGGAAGGGUGUCUGCAAAACUAGGUUCUUGGAAGUACAGACUUGUAUUUGGCAGCGCUGAAGAGGAACUCAAAGGCGCUUGCCUGUCAGUGCGGAGGGAGCUGUGAGUGGCGCCUCCUGAGAGGUGCGGCGGCUCCUCUGCAGAACUUCCCCGUUCUUGGCUUCAUGCCCUUAGCCUGUCACCCACCCACGCCCUCCCCUGCCCUCGUAGCCCUUUCACGGGGUGAUCGCUACCUCUUUUGGUGGGCCCAGACAGGUUCUAGAGGAGUUCCUAAGUGCUCUCACGAGGCCAGCGUGUUGGCUGUUGGAGCAGGAUGCCUUCUGCAUGUGUGUGGCCCGAGGGCUUCCCCUCGCCUGAACCACCGUCCAUGACACGCGAGCAGUGCGCUCGGGUGUCCGUUCUUAAUGUAGCUUAACUCCUCCUGUGCGCCUGCAUUUGCAGAUAUAAUCAUUGCAUUUGGGGAAGCAGUACUCAUCAGAAACAACUUUAAAAACGUACUCCAUUAUUUCUUUAAUAGUUUUCUCCCACUAUUAAACAGUCCUGGGGAGGCCAGCUGCUGCUCUUCCAAAUCUCCACAUCUGAGUGUGCUCCGUGUCACUGAGCGGAAAUACGGCAGAUGUGCUUAAAAGACUGGACAACUGGCCUAUACUGUGUAGGAAAUUACCUCCUAAUUACCCGGUAGAAUUAACUGUCAGCACAUUGUUCAUCUGAUGAUAGUACUGAAGU